GGCUGCGGCUGCACGGGACUUUUAUUUUGAAAAGAGGGGACAGGAAAUUGAGUUGUUUCCCUCGGUGAUCGGGGCGCGAGCCAGACGGUGAUGCGCAGCUCGUGAAGCUUCAGAGCAGAAAGACAUCUGAUCAAAAAUUAAAGAUCGAAGAUCAACUGAAGUGGGCGCUAUGACCAUGACUCCCUCCACCCCCUCCGUCCUUCUCCUCCUCCUCCACCACCUUCUGAGUCCGGUCUCCUCUCAGACGGUUGACCCAUCCGUCGCAGACCUGACCAAUAGAAACUUGGACUUCGCUGCCCGGUUGUACCGAGCUGUUGCCAGCCGGACUGACGACAACGUCUUCCUGUCUCCGUUCACACUGACCACCGGACUGACAGCACUGCUGAAUGCCACCAGUGGGCCGACCCAGGACCAGCUGCUCCAAGGACUCACCCUGACCGGACUGGACCCGCAGACUCUCCCAGAUCUGUUUCAGACUCUGAGGACCACCAUCCUGCAGGGGGGCACAGCCAUGAACCUCCAGCAGGGUGUGGCUGUCUUCCCCGCCCAGAGCUUCCAGGUGUCCUCGUCCUACCUGGACCUGGUUCAGACGAAGUUUGGGGGGACCGCUCAAAGUCUGGCCUACACAUCACCGGAGCAAGCCAUCGACACCAUCAACCGCUGGGCCCAGGAGCAGACUGGAGACCAGAUCAAGGAGCUGGUGACCAACCUGGACCCCCAGACCCAGCUGCUGCUUGCCACAGCCGCCUCAUACCAGGCUCGGUUCAGUCCGUCCUUUAACUCGUCCCUGUCUCAGGAGGAGCGUUUCUACGUGGACAGGUAUCACAUUGUCAUGGUUACCAUGAUGUUCAGGGCUGAUAAAUACUUCCUGGCUUACGACAGCUCAGUGAAGGCUGGCGUGCUGAAGCUGCUAAUGACAGACGGGAUGGCCAUGUUGGUCGUGCUGCCCGACGAAGACGUGGACGUCACCACCGUGGAAGAGGAAGUGACAGCGGAGAAGAUCCAGGCCUGGAUCAAACAGCUGAAGAAGACGAAGUUGGAGGUGCUGCUUCCUCGCUUCCUGUUGGAACGUUCUUACUCGCUGAAGGACGUCCUCCAAACUCUUGACAUCACUCAGGUGUUUCAGGACAAUGCUGACAUCACCAACAUGGGUGGGGCUAAAGGACCCAGACUCUCACAGGUUUUCCAUAAAUCUGUCAUCUCUGUUGACGAGCGCGGUGAUGACAUCACUGCAGGGGGCGGAGUCAGCGUCUUCUCCACUCUUCCUCCUCGACUGACCAUCAACAGACCCUUCAUCUUUAUCGUGUACCAGCAGACCACAGGCAAUCUGCUGUUCAUGGGCCGAGUGGUCGACCCCACCAAGAAAUAACCAUAUCAGUUUACCUGAGGCUGCUAAGCCCCGCCCCCUGAGUCAUACCUGUCAAACUUCAUGUUUCUAACAGUUUAAAAUGAUAACAUGGCAGCUUAACUGUGUUCUCGUGUCAUUCUACUGCCAGUAGAUUCUGGUCUGUUUAAUAUUUUAGGAGCUCUUUGUGUUUCCCAGCCCGAGGGUCAAGACCCCCUGAGAUGUCAGGAGAUAAAUCUGAACGGUCCUGAGACAAUGAAGGAGUCUCCACAGACGGUUUCCUCUACCGCCAUCAUCAGGUCAAUGUUUUAAUUUGUCCAGUUAUUUACAGAACUAAUGACAUUCCCAUCAGCCUCAGCUGAACACUGUGUUUACAGCUAAUUAUCUACUGUUAGCAUGCUAACAUGCUAAUCUAAGAUGAUGAACAUGGUAAACAUUAUUCCUGAUGUUAGCAGUUAGCUCUGUGUUUUUAAUCUCUUUUUAUUUUUAUCUUUUCAGACAUUUAAAAUGAGUGAAAUAUAAAUCAAAAGUGGUCUCAGUUAAUGUCUGGUUGUUGUUGCUGUAACCAGUGACGACGGGUCACAAGUUGACGCUGCUUUGCUUUAAAAGGUCAGAAAGGUUAAGGUCAGGCUUUGUAGGGAACCUGUGCUCUCUGAACCCCCUGAGUAUUUAAACUACCAACCACUGCUGCUCCCUGUAGUUCAGUGGUAGCUCACAGAAUUGGAGAGUGUGAGUCACAGAUGUAACUACAGCUCUUUGAGUCCUGGAUGACAGGUGAGAUAGGUGUGUCAGGUGAGACAGGUAUGCUCUGAUACCAACUGAGUUAAAACACUAACUGAUGACAUCUCAUCAGCCUCACCUGGACUUUAUGUUUAAAGCUAAUUAGCAUGUUAGCAUGACAGCCACUAUGAUACCAUAUGUGCUGUGCAUAGUUCAUAACACUUUACUCUGUUUAAAUAUAGCAACGUUAAAAACACGUGUACCACCUGCAGUAUAUCAGCACUGUAAAACAUUAAACAUUAAAAUACGUCACUUCCUCCAA